CACACACUCACCUCCACACAAAACAAGAAAGAAGAAGUAAAAAGCUCACCGCUUUUUAACCUUUCUAGAGUGAAAGAACUCUGAAAAAGAGAGAGAGAGAGAGAUGGAAGGCAAAGAAGAAGAUGUGAGAGUUGGAGCUAACAAGUUCCCGGAGAGGCAGCCCAUCGGGACAUCAGCUCAGUCCGACAAAGACUACAAAGAGCCACCACCUGCGCCACUGUUCGAGCCCGGAGAGCUGAGCUCGUGGUCUUUCUGGAGAGCAGGAAUCGCCGAGUUCAUAGCUACUUUCCUGUUCCUUUACAUCACAGUGUUGACAGUCAUGGGAGUGAAGAGAGCACCAAACAUGUGUGCCUCUGUUGGAAUCCAAGGCAUCGCUUGGGCUUUUGGUGGCAUGAUCUUUGCUCUCGUCUACUGUACUGCUGGAAUUUCAGGUGGACACAUCAACCCAGCGGUUACGUUCGGUCUGUUCUUGGCUAGGAAGUUGUCUCUGACCAGAGCUGUUUUCUACAUGAUUAUGCAAUGUCUCGGAGCCAUCUGUGGUGCCGGAGUCGUCAAGGGUUUCCAGCCAACGCCGUACCAGACUCUCGGUGGCGGUGCCAACACCGUCGCUCCCGGCUACUCCAAGGGAUCUGGUCUCGGUGCUGAGAUCAUCGGAACCUUCGUUCUCGUCUACACGGUCUUCUCCGCCACCGACGCCAAGAGAAGCGCCCGUGACUCACACGUCCCGAUUUUGGCACCACUCCCAAUCGGGUUUGCAGUGUUCUUGGUACACUUGGCGACAAUUCCGAUAACCGGAACCGGAAUCAAUCCAGCUAGAAGUCUUGGAGCUGCCAUUAUCUACAACAGGGAACACUCCUGGGACGACCAGUGGAUUUUCUGGGUUGGACCAUUCAUUGGAGCAGCUCUAGCAGCACUCUAUCACCAGAUUGUCAUCAGAGCCAUUCCUUUCAAGAGCAAGAACUGAACCAUAUGAUGAACUAGAGAUCCAAUCUUUUUAUUUACUGUUAUGUAAUUUCUUUGCUUAUCUAGCUUUUGUUUUGCAAUGUACUACUACUCUAUAUGGGAUUUUGUGAGUUUCUUAUGAGCUUGUUUUGUUUAAGCAUUAACUAGUUUGCUCUAUGCUGUUUCCUCCCUGCUUUUCUUUGUAUGCAUCUCUUAUAAUAAAUCUUGUUUUCACUU